CAGCCAAUCAGCUGCUGAGUUUGAGUUCUGUCGCUCUUUUGGAAAAGGGGGAGGGACUAAGCUUGGGGGUUAAAGGUCAGCCAGGUUGUCUAGUUUUUAAACCCCCACCUCUCUCUCUCUCUCUGUCUCUCGUUCUCUCUCUCUGUCUCUCCACACAGACAGGCACAAUGAAGUCUCCGGAUCGCGAUUUCGUUCUCCAGUGUGUGUUCGUGGUUUUGCUUCUGAAUUCUCCCGCAGUAAUGACUGAGGAUGGAGAACCCGACAGCACCCCCUCCUGGCUCAAGGACAUCACAGCAGUUGAGAAAUUUCUAGAAGAGCCAGAUGUGGCCGUCAUAGGAUUCUUCAAGGACUCGGAGGCUCUUGGCUUUGCUGACUUUGUGACCGUCUCGUCUGACCUCUCACCCCUGCCCUUUGCCCUCUGCAGUGACCCCGCAACCUGGGAGCAAUACCACAUCAACACGAGCACAGUGUCCGUCUUCAGAAAGACAGACAGUCGGCACGAAGCUCUGGAGCUGAGGGAGGAGAGGAAAGUGGACUCUGACACGAUGGCGAGAUUCGUAAAGAUCAACGAGCUGCAUUACCUGACAGAGUACAACGCUGUGACCGCCAUCGGCAUAUUCCAGUCCGCGGUCUCCUCUCAUCUCCUCGUCUUCAUUGACCGGCAAUCGGAGAACUUCACAGCCCUGCGGAGAAAUAUCAUGGAUCUGGCUCCAGAAUACAGAGGGAGGCUGCUGUUUGUUCUGGUGGACGUCUCGCUCGACUCGAACGCUCGUGUGCUCCGGUACUUCGGCCUGGAAUCACGUGACACGCCCGCCGUGGGUCUGUACAGCACCGAGAACGACAGGAAGUGGCUGCUGCCCACGGGGGAAGUGACAUCAGAGCGCGUGAGAGAGUUCUGUGACUCCGCCCCGGGAGUUGAAGUCUCCUAA